AUGAUGGACUUCAUGACAAGGACAGAAUAUCAGCAAAGCGUGCACAGCCCUCCUCUUGCACAAUCAGCUGUCAGCAUCACCAUGCCUGCAGUGAGUUUGCAAGGAGAUGGGACAGAGCGAGAGAAGGGCAGUAGCCUGGAGCCGAAUGGAAGAUGCUCAUCUGGUAACCAAGUCAGCAGACCUAAACAAGUGCUGGCCUAUCUGCCAAGAUCCCCUACAGAUACAAGUAGAUAUCGAAGCUUCCCACAAAAGCCAGAAUGUGCAGUGGUCCCGACAUACACAGCUGAGCCGAAGUUGCCCACUUAUGCAAAACCACCACCCACAUAUCCUCCUCUUUCACUUCCAGACAUCAUGCCUCGUAGUGCCUAUAAACGACACAUGAGCACUAAUGACAUUGGACCUCCCUUUUCCCGCCAUCGUCCCAGUGUUUGCAUUGCUUCAGACCUUUCUAAGUACCGGAGAUCCUCAUUAAGAGAUGGAGUUGGAAGCCCUCGCUGGUACACCAGGCAUGCUGUGAGUGUACCCGAUAUUACUCAUCCACCUCGCUACCUCAAUAUGCCACCUCGUGGGUUCACUUUGGCUUCUGGCAGUGGACCUGACCGUCCACCCAAACAAAGGUGCAAACUUAUGGAAGCUGAAUUACAUCAAGGCAAGGCCUCAACUCAAAGAGAGCGUCAAAGGUAUGUCACAAAGGAUGGCAAAUGUCAAGUAAACCUCGGCCGCAUUGAAGAGAAAGGACGUUUCUUAUCAGAUAUUUUUACCACAAUAGUUGACCUAAAGUAUCGCUGGUUCCUCUUUGUAUUCAUGAUGUGUUACAUUGUAACUUGGUUAAUUUUUGCAACCAUUUACUACUUGGAUGCUUUUUGGAGAGAAGAUCUGACUAAAAUGGAAAAUGAUGAUUGGGAGGCCUGCUUUCAGAAUGUGGACAGCUUCACCUCAGCUCUUCUUUUCUCUGUGGAGACCCAACGCACAAUUGGUUAUGGUUCCCGCAUGGUAACCGCAAGUUGCCCAGAAGGUGUCUAUCUGAUCAUGGCACAAUCAAUCGUUGGUUCCAUGAUUGAUGCCCUAAUGGUUGGCUGCAUGUUUGUCAAGAUUUCUCGACCAAAAAAGAGAGCCCAGACUCUAAUUUUUAGCCAGAACUGUGUUGUUUGCCCUAGAGAUGAGAGGCUCUGUUUAAUGUUCCGUAUCGGUGACCUCAGAGACAGCCACAUGGUAGAUGCAAAAAUCAGAGCUAUACUCAUCAAAUCAAGACAGACCUAUGAAGGAGAAUUUCUUCCCCUUGAGCAGUCAGAGAUAAAUCUUGGAUAUGAGACAGGGGAGGACCGUUUGUUUCUGGUAGAGCCACAAGUAAUCUGUCAUGUCAUUGAUGAUAACAGUCCUUUCUGGGAGAUGGGGCCACAGCAGCUGCUCAGAGAACAGUUUGAAAUCAUUGUCAUACUAGAAGGGAUCGUGGAAGCCACAGGGAUGACCUGCCAGGCCAAGACCUCAUAUUUGCAGACGGAAAUAAUCUGGGGUCAUCGCUUUGAACCCUGCAUGACUUUGGAAAAGGGAGCUUUCCGGGUGGAUUACAAGCGCUUUCACAAGACAUUUGAGGUCCAGCUACCACGGUGCAGUGCCAAAGAGAUGGAAGAAACUAGGGAACUAGAAGGUUCAGAAAUCAGCUUUUUCUGGGAAAAUGGAGAUUUUUGUUUGGGCCGCAGAAACACAGCAACAGAAAAAGAAGACAAUGAACACAAAGAAAAAGAGCGGGACCCAGGAGAAGGAUUUUCUGACCUACGCGGCAGGUUAAUUGGAAAUAUUGCAGAAGAACGAAGUACAGAAUUUAACGGAAGUGAAUACAACAUUUAAAUUACAGGGCAUAGAACUAAUCUAAGCAAACCCGUCUUAUAUCAUCUUAAGAAAA